GUAAGAAUCUCAUUUUCUAUUUGCUUUCUCUCUGCUCUUACGGACUCUAGCCGCCAACUCUCACCUCUCUAAUUCCUCAAAUCUCUUAGCUCGACGGCCGACGCCGACGCCGGUCCUGCCUUCGGCGGCUGCUUCACUCUUUCUCCCUCUCUUUUCUUUGCCCUUGUUUUCCUCAUUUGAAAGCUCUACGUCACAGGACAUUGCUUUAUCUUGCAUGAUCAAAUUUGAAGUUGGUGUCAAGCAUCAUAACGAUCAUCUCAAACGUAACUCAUUACCAUCUUUGUAUUAGAUUGUAUCAACACCAAGCACUAAUAAUGGCUGCCUCUUUGUCUCAAGCAUUGUAUGCCACCUUCACCUCCCCAGCAUCAAAACCCUCUGCAUCUCCUAUCUCCCUUCCCUCUAUCAAAAUCCCCACCUUCUCCCCUUUGACUGUCAAACCUCUCAGUUCCACCUUCACUCCAAAUGUGGCACGUGCCAUCACCCUUACCCCACAUGCCACCUCCACACCCUCUUCUAUUCCUUCUGACACCUCAACAACAACCUUCCAUGGCCACUGUUAUGUGGUUGGGGACAAUAUUGACACAGACCAAAUAAUUCCUGCAGAAUACCUUACAUUAGUUCCCUCGAACCCAGCUGAGUAUGAGCAAUUGGGCUCAUAUGCUCUUAUUGGCCUCCCUUCAUCAUAUGCUACGCGUUUUAUUGAACCAAAUGAGACCAAGACAAAAUACUCCGUUGUGAUAGGUGGUGCUAACUUUGGCUGUGGCUCCUCUCGCGAGCAUGCACCUGUUGCACUUGGGGCUGCUGGGGCAAAGGCAGUGGUGGCUGAAUCUUAUGCAAGAAUAUUUUUCAGGAAUUCUGUUGCAACUGGGGAAGUUUAUCCAAUAGAAUCAGAAGUAAGAAUAUGUGAGGAAUGUAGGACUGGGGAUGUGGUGACAGUUGACUUGGGGGAGAGUCUGUUGAUCAAUCAUACCACUGGCAAAGAGUAUAAAUUAAAGCCCAUCGGGGAUGCAGGGCCGGUCAUUGAGGCUGGAGGGAUCUUUGCAUAUGCGAGGAAAACAGGAAUGAUUCCAUCUCAGUGAAAGUAAUAUGCAGGGGCUUUAUAGGAGGAGCACUCGAUCCUGGCUUCUUAGACUAGUGAUGGCACAAUUUUGUGGUUCCUAUCUGUUUAGGCACUAGGGGUCAAUGCUCAUCUUUUUUCUCUUAUAUUAUCCUACUUCUGUUGAAAAAUGUAAGCAGUCUUUUUCCAUGUUUUUAUAUCUGUACCUGUGCCAAGCUGAUCAUCUAGGCAGUUGUUCACCCUGGCUUAUAAUCUCUUCUUAUGAUCACCCUAGUUUCUAUCAGUUUGUCAAGAAUACAUAAUUGGCAUUGAUCUUUUUAGUUAUGAAAUGUUGUUUAAGUUUUACAUGUAGGCACUUCCGGUUUGUUGGAAUAAUCCAAUGGUUCAGAUCGAAUAAAGCUUUGCACCUGCUGGUUUUCA